UCGGGUGUCGGCAGCGGCUGUUUAGUUUCCUCUCUCAGACUUUGGUCAUUCUUGGGCAUGGCCACACCAUGUGUCAUUCUCCUCACUAUACUUGGAGCAGAAGUAGCCAGCAAGUCCUCUGAAAGUUUGGAAUCAGAACUCGAAUGUUGUGUGGAUACAAUGGAGGUCAAUACCACCUGCCUAGCCAACAGCCAGUGCCGUCCAGGCUGCUACAGGCGGUGGAAUGAAGAUGGCAGCAGCAGCUGCAUCAAAUGCGAGAACGAAACGGGCCUUGCCACACCGGCUUACAAUCUUACCGAUUGCCGAAAUAGUGAUGCCAGAGGUAUGAACUCCCAAAUUAAUUCAACUAGCAUCUCCCCAGUUCCACAGAGCACAGGGCGGCCAGAAGUGGCAGCUUCUCUCAUCUUUGGGACGUUCUUUAUCAGCCUCUUCCUCAUAAUGUGCGUUGCUUCGUUCUUCUACCUCAAACGUGCCAAUAAACUUCCAAAUCUCUUCUACCGACGAAGCAAAGCAUCUGUUGUGCAGUCCGCUGAAUCGGCAUCAAUGUUAUCUCCACCUUCUUCAGUGCGCAAGCCCCGGUACGUCAGGAGAGAACGAUCACUCAUGUCAUCUGGCACCAGCACCACCAUCUCUGCGGAAACGAGGGUCAGCAAUGUGUAGCGGACAGCGUUGUCCCCCCGUGAUUUGUAAAUACUGGCGCAGCUGAAUGUGCACACCAACUUCAGCCAAGUGCCAGGAAGAACACCCAAAGUAGCUAGCUGGGAGGAAAACAAAAAUGAGUCGGUAAUGCCCGCAGACAGUGGGCUUGGGUCAGCGAGCAGAGAACGAAGAAAUGUGAAAUACAGGGUUUCUCUUCAGGAGCGAGCCAGUUCGGUGAACGGCUCUCGGUGGGGCUGCUGAGUCGAUCUUCCUUUUGGAAUUGUAGCAUUGUGUCAAAAGAAUCCGCUCCUUCAGGGAGGACACUGCAAGUACAGCAGACAACUUCUCCAGGGGCGCCAUCGUCUCUCCGGCUGUUGAAGUGGGGACCUCAGUGCAGUCGGGCCACACAGUGGGCGGGCUGCCAUGUGGUGCCCGUUUUUUAAAAAAUUUUCAUUAACACAAAGUGCCAUGUUCUGACGCUUGCAGGAGGCGUUUGGUGUCUCCUAAUGCAAAAAUGCUGCAUGCCUCUUCAGGAGGAGUCCUGAGAUCGGGGUUGCCUCCCCAGCCAGAGACUGCCCUUCCCCUUCCCCCCCCCCCAGUU